AUGGACGUGGCGAAGCUCGAGGCCCAGCGCCAGCGCGCCGACGCGUACUUUGACUCAACGCCGACGCCAUCGACGCUGCCCGAGAUGGAGGCCGCGCUCGCCGACUUUGUUGCGCACCAGCAGACCAUCGGGCGCACGGUGGCGAUCGUGACGUCGGGCGGCACGACGAUUCCGCUGGAGAAGAACACGGUGCGCUUCAUCGACAACUUCUCGACGGGGUCGCGAGGCGCCGCCUCCGCCGAGUAUCUCGUCAAGCUCGGGUACGCCGUCAUCUUUCUGCACCGUCCUGGCUGCGUCAUGCCGUUCGCCCGCCACUUUCAGAAGGCCAUGUCGCACAACGUCGACUUGGGCUUGCUCAAGCACCUGGAUGUGGCCAAAGACGGCAAGUCGAUCGAGAUCACGAGCGAAGACCGCGUCUCGCAAGCGCGCUGCAUUGACGCGCUCAAGAGCUACAAGCAAGCGAUGCAGCAGACGAUGCUAUGCCCGGUCGCGUUUGUCUCGGUCGACGAUGCCGUCAAGCCGCUCGGCGAGCGAGCCAUGUUCUACUUGGCGGCCGCCGUGAGCGACUUUUACAUUCCGGCCUCCGAGAUGGUCGAGCACAAGAUCCAAUCGACGCCGUCGCACGCCAACGACGCGCUGACACUGACGCUGCAGCACGUGCCCAAGCUUCUCGGGCUGCUUCGGUACGAGUGGGCGCCACACGCCUUUUACGUUUCGUUCAAGCUGGAGACGGACGUGACGAUCUUGCAUCAAAAGGCGCAGACCUCGAUCGCCAACUAUGGCAUGCACCUCGUGAUUGCCAACGAGCUCAAGUCGCGCUUCCACCAAGUGUGGCUCAUCACGCGCGACGGCGACUGCGUGCUCGAAAAGCCAGACGAAGACCCGGACAUUGAGCUCAGCCUUCUGAACGCCGUGGCCGACAUGCAUUUCGGCUUUCUCGCCCACCAGCAUGCGCAGCUCCCGCUGUCGCUGCCGCGUGCGACCGCCCUGCGCCUCCCCAAGCCGUGGGAAGCGCCGCUGCGCAGCGUGCAGGCGACGUUGCAAGAGCACAAGGCCGAAAUUGCCGGCGUCCUCCUCGGCGGCAUGAUCUCGGUCCUCAUUAGCAUGCUCCAGCGGCGAAUGCUGUAGAGAUCUCUGGCAAAGAUGCACCGAAACACGCUUCGUUUUAGACCAUUCUACGAGUUGAAAGGUCCAAUCUAUCGUGCCCUA